ACAUAACAUUUAUUCUAUGCUAACCUAACCAAACUAAUUCAAAUUGAACAUCAUAAAAAUACAAAUGUUAAUUUCCUCGUGUCGUGUCAGUGUUAUGUGUAUCCAAUAAAAAUAUUUAUAUUUGUUGAUCAAUAUGGAAACAACGGAAGAUUUAAGUCUCGAUCAAGAUGUUCCGGAGCCAAAUCAAGAUCUUCAGGCGACACUUUCUUUAUUGGACGAAAUAAAUACAAGUACCGAAAAUGUAACUCAAUUGGUUGAUAAUAUGAUUCGUAAAGUUAAAAAUGGAGAAUUGUCUACAGAUCAAGGUUUAAGCUUUCUAGAAAUGAAGAACAUGAUGCUCCUAAGUUAUCUUAUCAACAUUACAUAUUUCAAUUCCCUUAAAUGUUCAGGAAAGAAAAUUGAAAAUGAUAUCUGUAUAGACAGAUUGAUAGAAAUACGAACCGUUUUGGAGAAAAUAAGACCAAUAGAUCAAAAGUUGAAAUUUCAAAUAGAAAGAUUAGUGAAAUCUUCCCGAGAUGGUAUCUCAAUGGAUGAUUCCAAAAAACAUAAAGCUAAUGUAGGCAAUGCGGAGAAUUUAGAUGACAAUGAUGAUGAAGACAUAGAGAGUGAUGAUGAUCAAGAGUCUGGUGAUGGUGAAGAGUCUGUACCAAAAAGUAAAAAGGGGAUUUAUGUACCUCCAAAAUUAUCAGCGGUUCAUUAUCCAGGUGAUGAAAAUGCUCAUGAAAGGAACAGAAGGCUUCAGGAGAAAUCCAAGAAACACGCAUUAUCGUCAGCCCUUCUACAGGAUCUCUGUGAAGAAUAUUUAGACACUCCUCUUGAACUCCAUCAAAGCAGCAGAGCGCAGCAGAUCUUAACCAAGCAACAGAAGGAGCGACAAGAAUACGAGGAAGAAUAUAUGACUCGUCUUCCAGUAAGUAAGUCAGAAAAGCAUGACAGGCGCAAGUUGACUACUUUGGGAGUAUUAGGCUCAGAAAUUACUAACUAUGGCGACUCAAAAUCAGUGAAUAAGAAAAAGCGAAAAUAUACACCUAAAGGUAAAGGAAAAAGUUCCAAAAGAAAGAAGUUUUCACACUGAUGCAGUAGUAAUAGGAUAUUACUUCUCUUUACAAUGACUCAAUGUCAAGUUAAAGAAACUAUUAUGGAAUAGUUUUUUAAGUUUGUUUUAUGCCACAAAUUGAUUGAAAGCAUUAUUUCGAUUGUUAUUACUCAUUGAAGUGAAAUUGUAUAUAAUAAAAGAAUAAAUUUGUAUUUUAAACACAA